UGUCAUUGUAACUGAUCACAAGACAAAUAAAGUGACCAAAGGGGUCACAUUCCGAGUGUAGAAUAUUACCACCAAAGGUGUUUUUCAUUGUAGUGACACCGUCGGAGCGUUCAGAUCCAUGGGAGAGCCAAAUAUCGUUGCCCACACUGUGACCUCCAGAAGUUGGCACCAGCCGAAAUUGAGUGAGACUCUUGAAAAAAGCAAAAAUCUGUUCGAAAUUGUUUAGCAAAUAAAAAUAAGGCCUUGCGCUUCACAUUGUUUCGUAAUCCCCUAGUAUUAAGAGAAACUAUAGACAAAGACAAAACAACAAAGAUUAUAUAAAAGUAUAAACUGUAGUAGGAUGAGUCAAAGACGUAGGAGCAGUAAACGUAAACGACAAGGAACCGAGAUCUACACCAUUUAAAUAAAUUUAAAGUGAAAAUAGCUUAUUCCAUAACCUUUGAGCUAGACGUUAUCUGGCUUUGAAAUUCAACUCAACUGAAAAUUAUGUUCAAGACCAAACCAAGGGUUCUUGUAGUAAGAGACGAAAAACCCCCUUUAGUGUAAUCAGGAACUAUUCUGAGAAAUAAAAUAACAAAUAAUAAUUUAAAUAAAAGGGUACCUACUAUUUUAAGUGCAUAUGAAAACUGAUCAUAAAAUAAUUGAAUAAAAAAAUGUUUUACAUAUAAACGUUCCUAAGACCUUUUUUGGAAAUAAGUAUUAAUAACUAAAUAGAGCAAUAACCGUGUAAAGUCAGAGCAGACCUGUAUGCCAUUUAAAACAGUAUCUUAAGUUACUGUAUACAUAAAUAAAUACAGCUUUCAAUCUUCUUGGUAAGUGUGUAAACAAAAUAGGUCUUCUGGUCAUACAAGAACAAACUAAUCAAUUGAAAUACCUGAGUAUUCCUGAAAAAGUCACCUGAUGAUUGUUAGGUAAACAACAUAAGGAAAAUGAGAAUACCAUGGCUGAAACCAUCAACCUGUUCCUUCUAGUGAGAUUUUAGGGAGGAAUAUGGAUUUCUGAACCGUUGAUGAAGCCUCGUCCUCCGACGAAGUAAGCAGCCUUUCCCUCAUUUCGUGCUAUCUUGAUCGUUGGCCACAACUUGUUACUUCUUUCUAUGUCCUCCGGGCUGAGAUGGUCGGCGAAACGCAUACCAUGGCUCUGAAGGAAGGCGUUCUUUCUAGCAGCUUCCCAGACUGCAUCCCUCUAUAAUCUGGCAGUGAAGAGGAUGACGAUAACCCCUAGGUCUUGAAUCAUUUUGAAUCGUUUUGCUGUGGCCUUCGUUUUGCUGUGCCCUUCGUUUUGCUGUGCCCUACUUCUGAAGGAACGCAGUUGACAAGUAGGCGGCGACUUGGUGCACACGUGCUCGGAAGUAAGCAAGGAAAACGUCAUGUCUUUCUCUGGCGAGCUGUUUGUCUGGCGAUAGCACUGGCGUCGUAGUGGAAAUUAUAUUUUGGGAGCGCUUAUCGUGGAAACAUUACGAAACGUGUUUGUGGUGUGCGCUCAUCUAAGACGAACCGUUUGCAAGUGAAGUGCGCGAGCGUCAAGAUAGAGCGGUGCAGGUGCACGAGCCGACACGCAUGUGCAACGUUGUCUGCAGUGAGCAUUUCGCGCUACAUUAUUUAGCUAUAACCUCGACAGUUUGCCAGCUACUUUUUAAACCCGUUAGCAAGUUACCUGGCUAGCUACUGCAGUAUAUAACUAUGACCUAGACACAUUUUGUAGUGGUAAUGAAUGAAAACCACUCAUUUCUAUUUUGAGGAGAGGAGUAAGGCCUACCCGACACAACAGUGUAUGUCAGCAACAUGGCAUUCACCAGCCUUUUUUCAAGUCUUCCAAACAAAGAAUUUGACCCGACGCCUUGUGAGCCGAGAGAGAGAUUUCAAAGGGAUGAAAGACAACUGGAACCAGUUAAACUGGAGAAGGGGAACGAAAGGGAUGCCCAGUCCAGAAAGUGGCCAUUGCAACAGGGUCAGCAGAGUGGCCCCAGGAAGAGGAAAAAGAGGGACCAACAGGAGCAGUGUGGCCAGGCCAAGAAAAGUAACCUUCAUAAAUGUCUACCACAAUCUUAUAAAGACUUUGACUCUGUGGCCCGAGACUUCAUGGUGAAGUGUGAUUUCGAGCAACCAAGCUUUGACUUCAGUAGAGAACUGGACUUCUACAGUGAUAGCAAGGAGGGUGCAUACCCAGGUCAUGCUACAGAGAAGUCGGGUUGGAAGAACAUGAGGCCCGGAGAAGCCAAGGAUCCUGAUCAGAACAAGGAUGUUCAAGGUGUAAACAAGAAGAAGGGACGGGAGCAGAAGAAGCAGCGAUGGGAGCCUCAGCAGCAGAGACUUGACAACCAGGCCAGAGGCAGAGGGGGAAACUCUGCCAGGAGGGGUGGGGAUUUUACCGGACUGGGUGGACACGGAACUAACCAGCCCAGAGUCUUCUCCAACAGGGGUGGAGGUGGUUCCAACAGGGGUGGAGGUGGUUCCAACAGGGGUGGAGGUGGUUCCAACAGGGGUGGAGGUGGCUCCAACAGGGGUGGAGGUGGCUCCAACAGGGGUGGAGGUGGCUCCAACAGGGGUGGAGGUGGCUCCAACAGGGGUGGAGGUGGCUCCAACAGGGGUGGAGCCGGUGGAGGUGGCUCCAACAGGGGUGGAGAGGGGAGCAAUAGAGGCCAGGGCUGUGACAAGAGGGGCAGUUUUCUCCAAAGAGGUGAUUGGUCAAAGCGAGGCACUGACCGGUCACGUAGUGGUGGACGACAGUUUCCAGAUGAUGGACGUUUAACACUGGAAACUUUGACAGGAAAGGGGAAGAAGAACAUGACAAAGGAAUUCAAAGACCAGAAUGCUUUGGAGAUUGACGGCAGGUUAAUCUGUCGACAUUUCCUCAGGGGAAAGUGCAUCAAGGGUGAUGACUGCCAGCUAGAACAUGCUCUGGACGUCAACUACUCGAUCAACGAAGUGUGUAAAUUCUACGUCCAGGGAUCCUGUUCGAAAGGAGAGAGCUGCAUAUACAUGCACAAGAGUUUCCCCUGCAAGUUCUUCCAUACUUACGAGAAGUGCUCCCAAGGAGACCAGUGCAGGUUUUCCCAUGAACCUCUGACUGAGCUCACCAAACAGCUACUGGAGGCAGCAUUGAAGAGGGACAAGGACAUUGAGGAACUGGCUAAAAAGGACAAGCCAAUCUGCAUGGAGGAGUCAGUGGCCACAAAGGAGUCGGCGUCAGCUGAGGAGACACAGCCUGUCAUUAACAUGUUCCUGAAUCCCCUAAGGCCAAACUUUUACAACAGUUCAUCACCCUCUGAGCCACCUGCUGAGGAAAGUACCCCCAUGUGUCAGAAUGAAGUGUCAGCUGAGGUCGUGGAGAAGGAAAUUGCCCCUCCAGAGUCCAUUCGGUCUCCUGAUCCUCCCCCAAGCUCUCCUGGCUUUAAGGAACCGGUUUCUUAUUCAGUUGAGGCUGUGCUUGGGUCCCAUAGGCCCCUGGAAAAACCCUUCCGCAGCUUCUUUGCAGCCUCUAUCAGCCAGACCUCACAGACCCAACCAGAUCCACUCACAACUACAUUAGUUCCUCCAGACUCUAUCCACACUCCUGAUCCACCCCUAAACUCUACAUGCAGCAAGAGAAAUGUUCCUUAUUCAGUCAAAGCUGUGCUUGGAUUCCAGAAGCCUGUAGAAAAACCCUUCUGCAGCCAAUUUUCAGGAUCCAUCACCCAGUCCUUCACACUCCCCACACAGAUCCAAUCAGAUCCCCCCAGCACUACAUUUGUUUCUCCAGACCCCAUUAGUUUGUCUGGUCCUCAUCUGAAUAAGAGGCAGGCUUCUUAUUCAGUUGAGGCUCUCUCUACGCCCCAGAAGCCAGUGAAAAAAACCUUUUGCAGUCUUUUUGCAGGACCGAUCAGCCAGACCUUUACUAGACCUCUCAUACAGAACUCUGCUAAUUCUCCCAUCAACACCCCAGGCUGUACGAGACCAGCUUCUUAUUCAGUUAAGGCUGUUCUAAAGUCCCACAAGCCUGUGGAAAACCCAUUUCGCAGCCUCGUUGCAGGCCCCAUCAACCAGUCCUCUCGCCACCCUGAUAUACAGACCCAACUAGAUCGUCCUAGCACUACAUUAAAUCCUCCAGACUCCAUUCGGCCCCCUGAUCCUCCUUCAGUCUAUAAGAGGCCGGCUUAUUAUUCAGAUAAAGCUGUGCUUGGAUCUCCUAAACCUUUGAAACCAUCCUUCAGCAGCCUCUUUGCAGGCCCCAUCAGCCAGACCUCUCCCCAACCUCCCACUCAGACCCAAGCAGAUUCUUCUAGCGCUACAUUUGGUCCUUCAGACUCUGCUCCUCCUGCAGGCUGUAAAAGGCCGGCUUCGUAUUCUGUUACGGAUGUGCUUGAGCCCGAUAAGCCUGUGGAAAACCCCUUCCGCAGCCUUUUUGCAGGAACCAUCAGUCAGACCACUACCGACCCUCCCUCACAGUCCCUAAACUCCCUCGGUUGUAAGGCACCAGCUUCUAAAAAGCCCAUGGAAAAACCCUUCCGUAGCAUCUUUGCAGGCCCCAUCAGCCAGACACCCAAUAACCACCCUCCCAGACAGACCCGACCAAAUCCCCCCAGCACUGCAUUUAGUCCUCCAGACCCCGUUCGGUCUUCUGAGCCUCUGCCAGUCGGCAAGAGACGGACAUCCUCAGUUGAGGCUGUCAGUGAGUCCCAGAAGUCCAUUGAAAAACCAUUUCGUAGCCUCUUUGCCGGCCCUCUCACACAGACCUCUACUUCUGGCCAUCCAACACAGACCCAACCAGAUCCCCCUAGAAACUUCACUGCUGAAAGACCAGCUUCUCAUUCACUUGAGGCUAUGUUUGAGACUCAGAAGCCAGUGGGAAAACCCUUUCGAAGCCUUUUUGCAGGCCCCAUCAGCCAGACAACCCUCCCUGACCCUCCAACACAGACCUGGCCAUAUCCCCCCAUAGUCAAGCCUAAACAGAAGGAGCGUGACCCAACACCAUUCACCGAGCCGUCCACAACCCAUUCUGUUCUGAGGACCCUCUUCCUACGCCUGAGCCCAUGCCGCCAGGAGGGGGAGCAGGCAAUCAGUAACAGCUGCAAAGAUCCAGGAGGCGAUGGCCUGUGUUCCAGUGAAGACGAAAUCCAGAGAGGAUCUACUUCCACAGGACAGCAGAGGCAGAGCCAGGAGGUGGAGGACAUUGAUGAGCUGGAGAGUGAGCGAGAGGAGCCGGAGGAGUGCGUUCUGAGAGAUGAGCUGUUAGUAAUUCCAUUAGAGCCAUUAGUACCUUACGUGCCACUUGGUGACCCUCGCCACCAUCGCCAGGCUGAUAUCACCCUGCCACGGUCCACCUUCGCCCAGGACGUGGUGUGGUCCUUUGAAGACCUUACUCCCCUCUCACUCCAUCACCAGCCGUCUGUCCCUCUGGCCUCCCGCUCUGCUGAGAGAACAUCAGGUUCUGCUGUUGGACUGUCCAGUCCUGCAGGACUCAGGCCACAGCCUUCCCCACAGGACUCCAACUCUCAGGAGGCUGCAGGAGAGCAUCUCAUUCCCUCCAGGAAUUCAGGUAGGGGACAGGUCCAGGUGGAUACCCCCGGCGUUCACAACCUACCGAUCCAAGCGAUGGUACGGAUCACUCGACAUAACAGUGAUGUACAACCAAAGAGACUGUCUGGACAAAUGAGGUGCAAAAGUGGCAACGUGGGUGAAAAAAAAACACUGAAAGACCUUUUUAAGACUUUUGACCCCACAUCAUCUCCCUUCGGACAGUAACUGCAUUUGGACUAUGGCUCAUAUUGUAUGCACUGUCGGUCAAUGGACUACGCACCAAGACUUACACAAACACUUGUCCUUCAUAUGAAUGCUUUUGCUCUAAUGUAUUUUCCCGCUAACAUGUCAGAACAGAAAUUCAUUGCAAAAAUGGUUGUGUAAAAUGCAGGACGCCAAUUAUGCAUGCACACACACAACCCUCUUUAACUACAUUUGAUGAAGUGUUACUCCCAUAUCUUUACUUAGCAACAGCUAAUGUUACUGAUGAAUUGUCAACCUAGUCUGUCUCGGUGUGAAUUGUUUUGGGAUUUUCUUAGAUGAGGCAUGUUGAUGUUUUUUUACUGACUAAAUCAUCAAUCAUGUACAUUUUUAAGGUUUACAAAAACGAAUGACAUUUUAUUUAAUUUUUAUUAAAGCAGGAAGUAACCUAUUGGAACAAUUAGCCAGUUAACUAGUAACUAACCGCUGCCCUCAUCCUCCACUCCUGCUGACUACAUUUCCUCUUAUUUGAUAAGUGAACAAUGGGUUAUUGCUCAACUGAUUCGUAUUCCUGUGUGGAAAAUGUCAUUAUUUAAACUAAUGGCACACCAGUUUUGCUCUGCAUGUAGUGCUUCUCUUUUCUUAUAGUAGGGUACUGUGCUGUGAAAAAGUAUUUGCCAACCCUUUCUAAUUUCCUCUACUUUUGCAUAUUAUUUUUAUAUUGAAUGCUUUCAGAUCUUCAACCAAAACCUAAUAUUAGAUAAAGGGAACCUGAGUUAAUAAUUACAGAAUUACUACUUAUUUCAUAAACAAAGUUAUGCAACACC